AUGGAAUCCAUUCCAUUUCCCGAGGAUCUAAACCUCAACACAUCAAUCCUUCAGCCUGCACCAUCAAUAAACGAAAAAACCCACCAAAUCCUCUCCUCCAACCUCCAAAAACGCUACUCAACAAUCAGCAUUCCUUCAACCUACGGCGGCCUAAAUGGUCCACCACCCGGAACAGUGGCCGGAAUAGUGCUAGGCAGCGUAGGCGGCGUCGUCCUGAUCCUCUACCUGACCUUCCUCGCUCUAAACCCCGGCGGCCUCGCACGCGGGGUAAGCUCCUCAGUGGACGAAGAGGUAGUGGCAACCGGCCGACGGGGACCAUCACUGCGCCGGCAUGGCGAUACAAUCGAAGUUGUGGAGGAGCGUGAUCGGAGAGACAGUUAUCGGCGUCGGCCGAGUCCUCGAGACCGGGAUGAUGAUCGGAUUGUGGUUGAGGAGUCGAUGACCGGGACUGCGACGUCGGAUGGGAGGGAUGUCGUUGAGGUUUUUGAGGAGGAGUCGUCGGCCGUUUCGUCUGUUUCCACGAGGCCGCCUAGGAGGGCUAGGAGUCAUCGCUCUGGUGUCAGGACCAUUGAUCCGUUGGAUUAUGGGGGGUGA